CUCUGGAACAUUCCAAGGUGCGCCGUUGAAUUAGCCCACUGCCCCCAACAGUGUAACCCAGCCACCCAGCCCCCGCCACCAUCCAUGCACACAUCCCACGCACCAUCAACGAACCUACCAAACAAUCAUUACCACCAGGCUGCUCAAUACUGUACCCCGCUUCCUGCCGUCUCGCGCGCGCAGAGAGACAAAAAAAAAAAAAAAAAAAAAAAGAAAAAAGAUGGUCAACCCACCCCACCAGCCCGUCAUCGUCAUCGGCGCCGGAGUCAGCGGCCUUCUCCUCGCGCAGCACCUCCGCGAACGGCAGAUCCCGUUCCGCGUCUUCGAGCGGGACCUCGGCCACGCCUACCGCGGCGUGGGCUGGGGUCUCAGCCUCCACUGGUCGCUGCCCGCCGUGAGGUCCCUCCUCCCCGAGGACCUGGUCCGCCGGCUGCCCGAGGCGUACGUCGAUAGGCUCGCCGUCGAGAACGGGGAGUCGUCGGCGUUCCCGUUCUUUGACCUCGCUAGCGGCGAGCUCGUGGCCAAGACACCGAAGGCGCCGGAGUCGGAUAGGAUCAGGGUCAGUCGCCAGAGGCUGCUGCAGAUCCUCGCGACUGGAAUUGAUAUUCAGUGGAGGAAAGCCUUCACCAAAUACGAGUCCACAGGCGACGACUCAAUCACGGCAUCUUUCUCGGACGGCUCAUCGUGCGUGGGCACUCUGCUGGUAGCAUGCGACGGCAGCAACUCCAGAGUCCGGCGUCAGUUGUUCCCCAACGAGCACGAGAACCGCCCGUUGCCUGUCCGGCUGAUGGGCGUCAAGAUAGACGUCAGUCCGGAGCAGAUCGAGCCGCUGAGGCAGCUCGACCCCUUCUUUUUCCAGGGCGCCUCGUCUGAGAAUGACUCCUUCAUGUACUUCAGCAUCCUCGACGCGCCAGCCAACAACGACGAGAGGUCGGACAUGUACACCUGCCAGAUCGUAGUCUCCUGGCCCUUCCGCCCAGGCUUCCUCGGCAACCCAUCGCCGACGCCCGUGCCGCCCACCAACGAGGGCAGGCUCGACCUCCUCUGUAUCCUCGCCAAGACGUGGGCCGAGCCCUUCCAGUCGCUGGUCCUCGGCAUCCCCCCGGGUACCGAGGUGAAGACCCUAGAUCUCGCAGACUGGCCGCCUCCGAGGGGGGCGCACGGGACGGACCGGGUGGUGCUUAUGGGAGAUGCCUUUCAUACUAUGACGAUGUACCGCGGGGAGGGAGCUAACCACGCGAUCCUCGACGUGCUCGACUUUGCCGACAUUGUCUCGCCCUGCCUUCGCGGGCCCGAGGGAAACAACACAGCUCGAGGGAACUCCUCGACGACUGAUAUCGACGACAAAGCGGAGGCGAUCGCGAUCGAUGGCGGCGCGGCGGGUUUGCGGGCGGCUCUCGACGGGUACGAGGAUGCCGUUAUCGCGAGGGCCCGCGCGGGGGUCCUGGCUUCGCGGCGGGCUUGUCUGGAUGCGCAUGACUGGGGAAAAAUUGGCCCCGGAAGCCCGUUGUUGUCUAGGAGGGAGCCGAGGCUGCUGUUUGACGAGGAAUGAGGUAUUGAAGAGCGCCGGGUCGACAGACAGGGAGACAGGUCCUGACCCUUGAUGCCCCUCUGCGAUUCCAUGUGGCUGGUCAACUUGCGGGUUCUCCAGUUCAUUCCCAUUCAUCUUUUCUAUCGCUUCCCCUUCCCCUGUCCUUGAUCUCCAGCUCCCGAGGGCUAACUAUUGGACAAAGCCCGGAAAUGCACAACAGCGUAAGGAUAAUGAGAGUGAUAUAAGCGGCUGUCCUAGCCAUC